AGGCUGGCAGGCUCACCAUCAAGUGGCACUGGCACCCGCGUGCCACUCCAGCCUGAGGCCGCCCGCCCAGCAGGCCAUAUCUCCGUGCUCUUCCGCCCCCAUGGGGGCGUCUCCUAGGCCUGCUUGCGGGGUGGCAGCAGCGGCUCCCGCUUUCUCGUGCCUUCCAUGUGGCGUCAAGUGGCCUGCUCCUGAUGAUCGAGGGCAUUCUGGCAGAGGUGAAACCCCCACUGCUGCACCCUUUUCACGGUGAGAUCCAGGCAAGGCGUGCUGCGUGCGGCCAAGCAGACGCGCCUUGCAGCAUGUGGGAGCUCUCAGCAGCGCACUGGCGGACGACACUCAAGCACCUCCUGGUGAACGACAAGCACCGCUUCCUGUACUGCUACGUGCCCAAGGUGGCCUGCUCCAACUGGAAGCACAUUCUCAAGGUGCUGGGCAGCACCCUGGGGAACGUGUAUGCAAAGCUGAAGAUGGACCACCGGAGAGACCUAGUUUUCCUCAGCAACAUGAAUCCACUACCGACUUAAGCACUACUUCAAGUUCAUGUUUGUCUGGGACCCAAUGGAGAGACUGCUGUCUGCUUAAAAGAAUAAAUUCAGAGAGAUCAAAGAAUAUCAGUUAAAGUAUGGCAUUGAAAUAGUAAAAUGGCACUGGGUGAAGCCCCAGAGAUGACAUCACCUUCUCUGAAUUCAUCCAGUACCUCUUAGAUGAAGAAGUGGAGAGCAUGAAUGAGCACUGGAUGCCCAUCUACAAUCUGUGCCAGCCUUGCACGGUUAGGUAUGAUUUUAUUGGCUCCUACAAAAGACUAAGUGAGGAUGCCAGUUAAGUGCUGGGAAGGGUUCGAGUGCCCUCUUUUGUGCAGUUCCCCGAAAAGCAAUCAUGGUAUAAGCCUGUGACACCUGAAACUUUAAAUUGUUAUCUGUGUAAGACUCCAAGGGUGCUUAUCAAAGAGUUAUUACCAAAGUAUAUUUUGGAUUACUCUUUAUUUCCUUAAAGGUAAAGGGACCCCUGACCAUUAGGUCCAGUUGUCACAGACUCUGGGGUUGCGGCGCUCAUCUCACGUUAUUGGCUGAGGGAGCCGGCAUACAGCUUCCAGGUCAUGUGGCCAGCAGGACUAAGCCGUUUCUGGCGAACCAGAGCCGCACACGGAAACGCUGUUUACCUUCCUGCUGUAGUGGUACCUAUUUAUCUACUUACACUUUGACGUGCUUUUGAACUGCUAGGUUGGCAGGAGCAGGGACCGAGCUCACCCUGUCGCAGGGAUUCGAACCACCAACCUUCUGAUUGGCAAGCCCUAGGGGCUCUGUGGUUUAACCCACAGCGCCACCUGUGUCCCAAAUGUUACCCGCUUCCUAAUGUUGGCAGUGAAUUUUGCAGACAAUUAACGUUUUACACUAUGAAGAAAUAGGUGUCCUAUAUCAAAGCUACCAACAUGAGUCUGACCAAGCUGCGGGAGGCAGUGGAAGACAGGAGUGCCUGGCGUGCUCUGGUCCAUGGGGUCACAAAGAGUUGGACACGACUAAACAAUGCAAUUUCCCAAUUUUAUCCCUUUUUCACAUCAAAUGCCUUGCUGCUUUGAAUGCCUUUACGUUUUUUUUUAAAAAAGGCUUUGCCUUUCUUUUUUUCAGGUUACAUUUUCUAUAGGUCCAUUUCAUUUGUUGAGACAUUAGGGUUACAUUAGUAACAAAAGGAGGGAAGAGGUGG